UGCUCCAAAGUCUUCUCUAUAUUCCAUAUAUUCAACUCUUUUGGUUAAUCGUUCUUAGGCUUUUCCUCUGCUCGCUGUUCUUCAUCAUACCAAGACCUUGAAGAGGCAGUUCAAAAUGCCUAGCACCGUGGAUUCUGAGAAUGGAAUUGCCAAACAUGUCGAGUCAUCUCUUCCAUCUUUAUUCGAAAUUGAGGAAUCUGAUGAUUUGUCUAGAUUGCUGGAAAAACCAAGAGCCAUAAAUAUAGAAAGGAAAAGAUCAUUUGAUGAAAGAUCUUUCAGUGAAAUGUCAAUAACUCAUUCGCCGCCACGCAAUCUAGAUGGGGUGUUUUCCCCAGGAAGGAGGUCUAGCAUAAACUCACCCAGAUCAAGCCACUGUGUUGAGCCACAUCCCAUAAUAGGUGAAGCGUGGGAAGCCUUAAGGCGUUCUAUAGUUCUGUUCCGUGGACAACCUGUGGGAACUCUUGCUGCUGUUGAUAAUUCUACAGAGGAACUCAACUAUGAUCAGGUAUUUGUGAGAGAUUUCGUGCCUAGUGCUUUGGCAUUUUUGAUGAAUGGUGAACCUGAAAUAGUCAAAAACUUCCUUCUGAAAACGUUACGGCUCCAAUCAUGGGAGAAGAAGAUAGACCAGUUCAAGUUAGGGGAAGGAGUUAUGCCUGCAAGUUUUAAAGUAAUUCAUGACUCUGUUAAGAACUCUGAUACAAUAGCUGCUGAUUUUGGGGAAUGUGCUAUAGGCAGAGUUACUCCUGUAGAUUCUGGUUUCUGGUGGAUUAUACUGCUUCGUGCAUACACAAAGUCUACAGGGGACACUUCUUUAGCUGAGAUGCCCGAAUUUCAAAAGGGUAUACGCCUGAUUCUGACUUUAUGUCUCGCAGAAGGUUUUGAUACAUUUCCGACCCUGCUUUGUGCUGAUGGAUGCUCUAUGAUUGAUCGCCGAAUGGGAGUUUAUGGCUAUCCAAUUGAGAUACAAGCACUUUUCUUUAUGGCCUUAAGAUGUGCUCUAUUUCUACUAAAGCAAGAUGAAGAAGGCAGAGAGUUUUCUGAUCGAAUAAUUAAACGCCUUAAUGCCUUAAGCUAUCACAUGAGAAGUUACUUUUGGCUUGAUAUGAAACACUUGAACGAUAUACACCGUUACAAGACAGAAGAGUACUCUCACACUGCAGUUAACAAGUUCAAUGUCAUGCCAGAUUCACUACCAGAUUGGGUUUUUGAUUUCAUGCCAAGUCGCGGCGGUUAUUUCAUUGGAAAUGUUAGUCCUGCUAGAAUGGAUUUCCGUUGGUUUUGUUUGGGUAAUUGCAUUGCAAUUUUGUCAUCUUUGGCUACACCUGAACAAGCUUCAGCGAUAAUGGAUCUCAUUGAAUCGCGAUGGGAAGAGCUUGUUGGAGAAAUGCCACUCAAAAUUUGUUAUCCUGCUAUGGAAACUCAUGAAUGGAGGAUUGUUACGGGGUGUGAUCCUAAAAAUACUAGCUGGAGUUACCAUAAUGCUGGAUCUUGGCCAGUUCUUCUGUGGCUCCUUACUGCUGCAUGUAUCAAGACUGGAAGACACCAAUUAGCAAGAAAAGCUAUUGAACAAACAGAAAAUCGUUUGCUAAAGGAUAGUUGGCCAGAGUACUAUGAUGGAAAACAUGGUCGUUACAUUGGUAAACAAGCUCGGAAAUUCCAAACAUGGUCCAUUGCUGGUUAUUUGGUAGCUAGAAUGAUGCUUGAAGAUCCAUCUCAUUUGGGUAUGAUUUCACUCGAAGAAGACAAACAGAUGAAACCUCCCAUGAAAAAAUCUACUUCUUGGUUUUGUUAAUGUCCUUAUAGUCACUUUCAAUUGCUUAAAGUACUUGUCUUUUAGAUUUUAUUUUGAGUUUUUGACAUUCUUUUUGAUUUGUCAUGAAAUUUUCCUUAUUAAUGGUUAGAGUGUAUUGUGUUUUUGUU